GCAGUCGCGGCCGCAGGAAAACAAAUUUUGCUGUUUCCUCCUUGGCUGUAUUGAGUUGUGUGUCAAAGGCUAGGCGAGAGAGGUGGGAGGGAAGAAUCAAGAAAGUCUCUCAUUGGCAAAUGUCAGUAUCUCUCCCCGCUCUUUCUCUGUCACCUCCACUUCCUUUCCUCUGGUCAAAGCUAAAAUAUUACCACGAGAAUUCUCUCUUUUUUCUCCACAUCUUCCCGUUCUGUGCUCUGUAGUUUACUCUCAUUCAUCCCAAUCCCAUCACUUCGAUUAGGGUUUUCGUUCCCAAGCUCUUAUCUACCCUGUCACCUCUCCACCUUUGUGUUUUCUUUUGGCGGACUCCGAUUCUGGAGCCUCCUGCCAACUGUCCAUUAGCCCAUACUUGAGAUUCUCACUUGGGUUUUGCCUUAUAGCUGCCAAUUUGCAUAUUGAAACUGCGAAGAGCUGAAAAAGGUCUGGCCUUUGCUUGAUGGUGAGAGGGAAGGAGUAAAAGUUGGAGGACGGCUGUGCAGCUGGUUGGAUUUCCGCGCCACUAGAGAAAGUAUGUACAUGUGAAUAUUGGGCUCCAUUUCUGAACUGAAUUUGAUCCCGCAUUUGAUUGUAGACGGGAGAAAAUAGAUCUUAGCUCCUCUCCAGUUAGUGCGGGGAAGUUUAGUUGAUGCUGCAGAUUUGAAUCGAAAGGUGUAAACUUUUUGUGUAUGCAAUAACUUCUGUACUUGAUGAAUCCAUGAAGGCUCUGAUUAGGCUUUAAAGUUCAUGUGGUGCAAUCUUGAAAGUGUUAUUAUUGCAGCUGUGCAUGUUCUUGCUAUAACAUUGGAUCAAUGUGUUUCAGCCAGGUAUAGCCGAGUAAUUGUGGUUUGUACUGUUUGCAGGGAUUUGAUACUGGCUUGGUGAAAGAAAGGUAUGCAUUGAGAAAUGUCACUCAGACUUCCUGCUCCCAAGGCGGCUGAGUAUGCAAUUGGCUCUAUAGGCCUUGGAUAUGACAUUGCAGUCGAUCUGAGAUUGAAGUACCGGAAAGGAGAUGUUAAUGAUUCACGCUUAAUUGAGAUUGAUGAAAAUGGUGGUCGGGAGAUUGUAUUGCCGGGCGGGAUUGUCAUCCCGAAUGUUCCGAAAUCAAUAAAAUGUGAUAAAGGAGAAAGAACACGGUUUAGGUCCGAUGUUCUCUCAUUCCAGCAGAUGUCCGAGCAGGUCAACCAGGAGACGUCUAUAACAGGAAAAAUCCCCUCCGGGCUCUUCAAUACCAUGUUUGAGUUCUCAGGCUGCUGGCAGAAAGAUGCUGCUAACACCAAAACCCUUGCUUUUGAUGGGGUGUUCAUUACACUGUAUACUGUGGCACUGGAGAAGUCUCAGAUCGUUCUCCGUGAUCAUGUUAAGAAGGCUGUCCCGUCAUCAUGGGAACCAGCUGCCCUGGCCAAGUUUAUUGAGACGUUCGGAACACAUAUUAUUGUUGGUGUCAAGAUGGGUGGAAAGGAUGUAAUAUACAUAAAACAGCAGCACUCAUCAACUCUUCAAACUGCUGAUAUGCAGAAAAGAUUGAAAGAAAUGGCAGAUAAAAGAUUCUCAGAUGUAAACAGCCAGUCUUCUGAACCAGUAUAUCAAAAUAACAAGUUUGAGAUAAGAGAGCAGCGGUUGAGGUUUGCUGAUACCAGUCCUUCGAGUUCUUAUUCUAACAAGGAGGACAUCACAAGAAUAUACAAGAGGAGGGGUGGAAAUGACAAUGGCUACCGUUCACACAGUGAGUGGUUAAACACCGUACAAUUAGAGCCUGAUGCGAUCUCUAUGUCAUUCAUCCCUAUUACUUCCUUGUUGAAUGGAGUCCCAGGGAGUGGGUUCUUGAGUCAUGCCAUAAAUCUCUAUCUAAGAUAUAAACCCCCAAUUGAAGAGUUACACCAGUUUUUGGAAUUUCAGCUGCCAAGGCAGUGGGCCCCAGUGUUCAGUGAGCUCCCGCUUGGCCCACAACGUCGGCAACAUAGCAAUGCAUCACUACAGUUCAGCUUUAUGGGCCCUAAGCUGUUCGUGAACACAAUUCCAGUUGAUGUGGGUCAGAGGCCGGUGACUGGCCUUAGACUUUACCUCGAGGGGAAAAGAUGCAACCGCUUAGCCAUACAUUUACAGCAUCUGUCGUCUCUCCCGAAGAUCUUCCAACUCAAAGACGACCCAGAUGGUAAUUUCCGCCAAGAGUCCUACGACCGUAAAUAUCACGAGAAGGUUCAAUGGAAGCACUUCUCACAUGUCUGCACAGCUCCAGUCGAGUCCGACGAGGAUCUCAACAUAGUAACAGGCGCCCGGUUACAAGUGGAGAACUCUGGGUUCAAAAGCGUUCUGUUCCUGCGGCUUAGAUUCUCAACUGUGUCGGGUGCUGCAGUUCUGAAGCAUCCCGAGUGGGAUGGCUCCCCAGGAUUGGCAGCUAAAUCUGGGUUGAUAUCUACAUUGAUCAGCCAUCACUUCACUUCAGUACAGAAGCCAGCUCCAAGACCAGCCGACGUCAACAUAAAUUCAGCUGUAUACCCUGGGGGUCCGCCGGUCCCAGUUCAAGCCCCCAAGCUUCUGAAGUUUGUGGACACAACAGAGAUGGCUAGAGGGCCACAGGACAAUCCUGGCUACUGGGUUGUUUCUGGGGCGAGGCUCAUGGUCGAGAAGGGCAGGAUCUCUCUUCGUGUCAAGUAUUCCUUGUUAACUAUUGUUUCUGAUGAUGAUGAUGAUGAUGAUUUGGAAGCAGUAGACACACUUCGAUGAUCGUUUCACUCGUGUCUAGCAAUCCAGCAGGCAAAGAAGAUAUCAAUGACAGACUCCAGCAAAGAACAUAACAAGGAAAAAGCUUGAAACGCUGCGAAGCUUGGAGCUUGAUCGCGAUGAUUAUGCACUUUCGGGCUCCAAGGUAUGUACAAAAUGGAGAUGGUUCCAAGUGAACUCGUGGACCUAAGUUGCUGUCGACGACGACGAUUUCCUCUGCUAGAGUGUACUGUAAUCCUUGUGUGGUAGAUUUCUCCUCAUUGUGCCUUGAGUUGGGAUUACACAGGGACAAACAAGUGUAUUUUUGGCGUUCCUCUCUGUGAGACGCCCAUGUCUUUUACCUCUUAUUCAUUGUUAUCAUUAUUUUCCGGCAAUCACAGGUAGCGAGGAUCAGUUCAGUUGGAGCGCAGUGGUAAUCACAUUCAAUCUGUUCUUAGAAUAUCAUACUUAGGAAGGGGAUAUAGCAUCACAAAUCCAAUUAGAAACCCUACUCCAGUGGAAGAAUCUUAACUCAAUAGUAAUGUCUCUGAUCCUGCUAAAAAAAUGUUUUCUUUAAA